AGUUACUUGUUCCAGUCCUCUCUCUCUAUCGGCUAGUUGGGCGCCAUCUUUGCUCUUUUCCAUGUCUUUUGGUUGAGUUUCGUGGUAUUUUUGUCAGUGAUGUGGUUGACAAGAAUAUUGUGUAAACGACACACACCUGGAAGGAUAUGGGGAGGGAAGUACAGGCUUGUACAGAAAAUGACUGCCACUAGAAGAAGAACUGAAGUAAAAAAUGAAAGAAGAGUAGAGAGAAAUGAAGAGCUACUUGCUACUCCUUAUUUAACACAGGCUCAAGAAUUUGAACAUGCUUGGGAAAGGAAGCAGCAAGAGGAGAAGAUGUUUCGUGAUUCUUUGCGAGCUCACAAAGCUAGAAAAAUGGCCGAUGUGUAUGCCUUUGGACCGAAGCCGGACAAAGCUAAAGCUGAAAACAUUUUGGAACAUUUAAAUGUCUCAAGAAUUCAACACGAAUAAAUCAGUUUAUAGUGAUAUGAUCGGCGACUGAAAAACAUUCUGGUUUUGAGUUUAUGUCCAGUGUAUAUAUAUAUCUUUUUUUGCGUGGGAUGGCAAAAUAAUGACUGAGAGCAUGACGUAUUUUUUUUUCCUUUCUUCGUGUGCGACAAAAAUUUCGUGGUUUGCGCCUGCCUUUCCUACGUUAGAAGUGAGUAGUUUCCAGUUUGUUGGAACGCUAGAAUUCUUUUCGUCAUUUAAGAGGAUUUUUGUAGAGUUAGUUAAUAAUUCAAAGAAAAAGAAACAAAGUCAAUGCCAUGCUGUCGUUCCCCUUUGAAUGCGAUGCCUUAUUUCUCCACCUGUGGCGAUGGCUCAAGAACGAUGAGCUCUGAGCUGAAUGAAGAGCAGCGAAGCAAGGUUGUCUCAUUCCUGUUCUUCUCAUUCUCUCGCCUCUAUCAUGUUUUGCAAGAAAACGGCCUACUUUGUGACUUAGCUUUCAACACUGAUGUACAUCUCUGCAGUAAAUUAAUAAUAUGUAAUUACCUGGUUUUUCUUAAGAUUUUAAUUGUGGUAUUGAAAAAUAAAUAGAAAGCCAAGUUCGCAA